AUGUCUAGAUCGUUUGCUUCCGUUCUCGCUCUGGGUAUCGUGGGCACCGCCGCAGCCCCACUCACUUUGCCUGCCGGUGAGGAGAGCCUUGCAUACGGCGCGAUUGACUUUCGAUGCCCCGCCGGCGACGAGAGUAGCCCCCAGAUGAUAGCGAACAAUCAAGAUUCCGAAUGCUGCUGCCGAGUGCGAUGCCACCAGCACUCACGGUGGUCGACCUCCUUCAGAUCGAGUGAGAGCUGCAAUAAUGCAAAGCAGCUCUGCCGUCGGCUCCCUCUGUGCUUUGCGCUCGCCGUCAGCGGGGAUGCAGAGUGGGCGACGUUGAAGGCAAAGCCGCGCUGGUGGCUUCAGGCGCCCGGCGUUGACGAGUGCCGUCGCAUCCACGUCCAGGGUGCCGAAGGCAAGGCUGCUGCCAGGGCGGCGGCGAAAGCGUGGAUGGCCGCAAAGUGCAACGACUACGUCCAUGGCGAGCCCGCUGUGGCUCGUCGUCGAGGACGCUUUGUGUUUGAUAUCGGCUUCCACACCGGCGACGAUACUUUGUUCUUCCUCUCUCAGGGAUUCGACGUGGUGGCUGUCGAAGCGAAUCACGUGCUCAUCAGCGAGGGCAUGCGCCGUCCGAGCAUCGCACUUGCUGCGCGCUCAGAGCAGCUCCACUUGGUGAACGCGGGCAUCGUUCGAAACGAGCACAAUCGCACGCUCACGGUCUACGUGCACAAGACAGUCUCCGCUUGGAGCACGUUCAUGGACUCGGCCAGUAAAAGACUCGAUCAAUUCACCCCGUUGCAAGUGCCCACGGUCACGUGCGCCGCCUUGAUACGUAAGUAUGGCGUGCCCCUCUACCCCAAGAUCGACAUCGAGGGGGCGGACAAGUGGUGUAUCCAUAGCCUCACGUCCUUGCGCAAGCAGCAGCUUCCGAGGUACAUCUCUACGGAGGACCCGUUGGCGCUGGACGCAUUCGUACGACUGGGGUACACGCGCUUCAAGAAGAUGGUGGACCAGUCUUUGGCGCGACGGGGCGGCGUCUCGUUCUCGGGAGGGAUGCCUGAGGGUGCGCCCUCGCGCAACCCGAAGUGGGCGGGAGGCGCCACAGGGGAUCUGAACCACACCUCUUGGUUCACAGCCGAGGAGAUCCGCUCGGAUCCUGACUGGCAGCGCAUCGGGAGGAUUGGCAAACAGCGCAUGCUCCACGAGCCGCGCAGCGAAGCGAAAAAAUACCCGUGA